AUGCGGUUAUUGACUCCACGUAUAGUCAUGAUUCCCAAGGGUCUUGCCGACUACUUGAUGCAUGCGUUGCAGUCGGAGUUUACCGAUACAUCCCGCCCGAAUUCGGCGCUGCCAAUUUUCCAGCGCAAAACCGAAAUUGCUAAAUACCGGGCCGAGAGGUUGAAAGGUUCGAGCCUUACCUGGACCGCCGUAGCAUGUGGAGCCUUCUUGGAAGCCAUUAAGGACGGGUUUUUCGGCAUCAACCCCCAAACCAAACGAAUUAAAUGGUAUGGAGAUAAUGGGCAUGUUGUUGCCCCUUUCUCUACGUUGGAGGCCGUUGGGAAAGCAACUGCCCAGGUCCUUCUACACCCAGAAGAGACAGCCAACCGAGUUGUGUAUAUCUCGUCUAUUGACAUUAAUCAAAAGCGCUUGGCAGAACUAGCAAAGGAGGCUGUUGGAGACGAUUAA